GUUUAGGCGAACACACGUGUGAGCACAUUUUCCAGCAAAGAUAAAAAGACAGUAGCUUGGUUUACAAUUUAGUUGAAGAUUUCAUUGGAAAGCAUUUAACGAUGAAGAUGGAGAAAAAAGCAUCAGUUGGUUCCCCAGUUAAGAAUCAAGAAGGGGUGAAGACCAAAAAGAGUAAAAAGAAUAAAACACCUACAAAGAUGAACGAAAUCAAAACCACUGACAAUGAUAUGCUUAAUAGUAGCAUUGAUGGUGAACAGAAGAAAGGUAAUCGAAAGAGAAAGAAAUCCCAUAAAAGUGAAACUGAAUCAUCAGAUAUGCCGCUACACGUGAAAAAAGUAAAAAUAAAUAAAAAAAACUCGCUUAAUGAUAAAAACAUGGAUGUUGCCCAGAAAGAUGCUAAGCGAAAACGUACUGUAUCUGCAGGGACGCCGGAACAUAUAAAAAAAGAGACUGCGAAGAAAAGCGAGUUGAAUAAUAAUGAUGAAAGCUUUGAGACUGGACAAAACAAAGCUAAGCGGAAGAGAAAGCGGAAGAGGAACAAGCACACAGGGAGUGAAAUGGAAACAUCAGAUGUACCUGCCAAGAGAGAAAAAUUAUCAGCAGAUAAUGCUGAUACAAAAGAUGGAGGAAUUGUCAAGAAGAAGAGAGCUAGGAGAGGACUGAAAGGCGGGAAAAAUCGUGCACGUUUGGCUGAUGGUGAUACUGAAGUCACCAAACAACAAACCGAUAAUGUCCCGACCGUUAAGAAAAAAAGAAAGAAUAGGAGAGGUAAAAAGAAAUGGGAGAAAAAACUUGAAGCAGAAUCAAAUGAUACAUCAGCAUCAUCUGUUGCUGGGAAAGUAAGUAAGAAACGUAAACAGCAGGACAUUGCGCCUGGAAGCCCAGUUAAAAACGGGAAGCUGACAGCUUCUAAUUGCAAUCUGAAACAAGAUGGAGUAAAAACUACAGAAGACGGUGAAACCCCUAAAAGGAAGAAAACCAGGAGAGAAAGAAGAGGUAAAAAGGCUAGAACUGGGGCUACACCAACAGAUGAAGAUAAAAACAUUUCUUUGACAACGAAAUUGGAAGGACCAUCUGAAUCUUCAAACACGGUGAAAAAAAACACAGUGAUUAAAAAACAAUCCCAAAACAAAGAAAUAGUUAAUAAAGAUACUGGUGAUGAAGAUAAGAAAAAAAAGAAGAAGAAGAAGAAAAAGAAGAAGAGGAAGAACAACAGUGCACUAGAUGUUAGCGAGGAGGAAUCCAAUAUAAACAAAUUGAAUAAUUCCACGACUCAAAAAGCCUUGCAUAAAGCUGUUGAGUUGCGUAACAAAUUGUCAGGGACUUUGGAUUCUGCACGAUUCAGGUUCAUAAAUGAACAGCUGUAUAAAACAACAGGGAAAGAAGCAAAGGAUCUAUUCAACAAUGAUAAAGAUGCCUUUAAGAUCUAUCACCAGGGUUAUGCAGCCCAAAUUAGCAAAUGGCCAGUAAACCCUGUGGAGAAAAUUAUCAAAUACAUCAAGAAAAAGCACAAAUCGUUGGUAGUGUGUGACUUUGGCUGUGGAGAAGCGAAGAUUGCGCAAAGCGUGAAAAAUAAAGUCCAUUCAUAUGACUUGAUAGCACUGAAUAAACAUGUUACUGUGUGUGACAUGUCCAAGGUUCCAUUGGACGAUGAGAGCGUGGAUAUUGCAGUAUUCUGUCUAUCAUUGAUGGGAACCAAUUUAUCUGAUUACCUCAGUGAAGCAAACAGAGUACUGAAAAAAGGUGGAAUUCUGAAAAUUGUUGAAGUUGCAAGUAGAUUUGAAAAUUGCAAGAAUUUUAUAAGAGCUCUGAAGAGACUUGGAUUUUUAUUACUCACAAAGGACCUGAGUAACACCCAUUUCUACGUGUUUGAUUUCACCAAAACUGGUCCUGCUGAGAAAUGGAACAGUCUGUUUGGUUUGGAACUGCAACCAUGUCUUUACAAAAAAAGAUAACUGUUUACGAAUAAAAUAGUUGUAUUUUCUAUUUUA